AAUAGUUUACGUUUUUGAUUGCAAAUUUAUAAAAAUAAUAAAACUAUUUCUACGUGAUUUAUAUUGGUGAAUAUUCUGAUUUGAAACAAUGAACCGACGACGAGCUCAUGAAGAAGAAGAUGGAUACGAGCGUCUCCACAGAAAACGGCGUCGGGUAUCAGAAAAUCAAGAGAUUGAGGAUAGGUUGGAAUCACUUAUCCUACGAGUUGGAGAGAAAAGCAGUUCCAGUUUAGAAAGUAAUUUGGAAGGUUUAGCAAGCGUUUUAGAGGCAGACUUGAGUACGUUCAGAGUGAAAAUUUUACGUAUUUUAACCGAAUGUGCGAUACGCAUGCCGGAAAAAUGUACCAUAUACGCCACAUUAGUAGGCUUACUCAACGCAAAGAACUACAAUUUUGGCGGCGAAUUUGUAGACUAUAUCGUAAAAACUUUUAAAGAAAACCUUAAAACUGGUAAAUGGAACGCAGCCCGGUAUUGCUUGAGGUUUAUAUCCGACUUAGUAAACUGUCAUGUGUUGGCUGCAUCAUCUUUACUGACAUUACUUGAGACACUAGUUGAUAGUGCAAAUGAAGAUAGCGUACCUCAGGUGAGACGAGACUGGUUCGUUUUUGCAGUCCUUGCUACACUGCCUUGGGUAGGCAGAGAAUUGUAUGAGAAGAAAGAAUCACAAUUGGACCACUUACUUGUAACAAUUGAGGUAUUUCUAAACAAAAGAAGCAAAAAACAUUGGCCAGCACUCAAAGUGUGGUCUGUAGAUUCACCACACUUGCAAGAGGAGUAUCUGGAUUGUCUCUGGGCACAGAUAAGAAAACUAAGGCAAGAUAAUUGGUCUGAAAAGCACAUUCCCAGGCCUUAUUUGGCUUUUGAUUCUAUAUUGUGUGAAGCCUUGCAGCAUACACUACCUGCAAUACAGCCUCCUCCGCAUAAUGAUGGUGACACAUACCCAAUGCCGCGAGUGAUAUUCCGGAUGUUUGACUACACAGACUGCCCUGAUGGUCCGGUCCUACCAGGGGCACAUUCAAUAGAAAGAUUCCUCAUAGAGGAACAUCUCCAUAACAUUAUUGAGGCAUAUCAUUUGGAAAGAAAAGAAUGCGCUGCCCAGCUUCUAUGUUUUCCAUAUAAAGCAAAAAUACCUUUAGAGUAUUGUAUAGUGGAAGUAAUGUUUGCUGAAUUAUUUAACUUACCUGCACCAAGAUAUCUUGAGAUCUGUUAUGGCUCAAUUUUUAUUGAGUUAUGUAAGUUGCAGCCGUCAACUAUGCCACAGGUGUUAGCCCAGGCAACUGAGAUUCUCUUUAUGAGAAUAGAUUCAAUGAAUAUUGCAUGUUUCGAUAGGUUGGUGAAUUGGUUCUCAUACCACAUAAGCAACUUUCAGUACCGUUGGUCAUGGGAAGAAUGGGAGUCCUGCGCUCAAUUAGACCCUGAUCACCCUAAGCCAAGGUUCAUUAGAGAAGUGCUAGGAAAAUGUUUAAGACUGUCCUAUCAUCAAAGGAUUAAAGACAUGACCCCAGAGUCCUUAGCAGCAUUUGUUCCUUUAAAACCAGAACCUAUCUACAAGUAUUCCAUGGAAGGUGCAGCGGCCCUGCCAGGAACCGAAGCUGCCCAUCAGCUGGUGGUGUGCGUGCGCAACAAAUGCUCCCCGGAAGAAGCUCUCAACGUCCUAAGGGAACUCCCCAAUCCAUUGCGCGAGGGGGACGCGAAUCCCGCACACACUGCGUAUAAUCCUCUGAAGAUAGACGUGUUUGUGCAGACCCUGCUGAAUCUUGGAAGUAAAAGCAUUUCGCACAGCUUCGCAGCUAUAUCGAAGUUCCAUUAUGUUUUUAAGAUUCUAGCCGAGUCGGAGGAGGCUCAGAUCUACGUGCUGCGCAACGUGUGGGAGCUGUGGCAGCGUCACAGCCAGAUGCUGUGCGUGCUCGUGGACAAGAUGCUGAAGACGCAGAUUGUGGAGUGCUCCGCCGUGGCCACGUGGCUGUUCUCCAAGGAGAUGGCGCCGUACUUCACGCACGGCUACCUGUGGGAGAUUCUGCAUCUCACCAUCGACAAGAUGAACAAACACGUCACCAAAUUGAGUAAGGAAUUACAAGAGGCGAGGGAGGCGAUCGCCAGAGCUGACUCCAGCAGUUCCGAGUCAGAGGACGAGAGUGGAACCAAAAAGAAGAAGGAUCAUGACAAACCUACAGAGGAGGCAGUAGAACGAAUGGAGGAGCGGCUAGAAAUGGCGCACACGGAUCAGAAGCGGCUGUUCCUGAUCGUGUUCCAGAGGUUCAUAAUGAUCCUGUCGGAGCACCUGGUGCGAGCCGACACAGACGCGAGGGAUCCUCACACGCACUGGUACAAGACCACCCUGGCUAGACUACGGCAGGUCUUCUUACUGCAUCACGAACAAGUGCAGAAAUACAGCAGCACCCUCGAAACGCUCCUCUUCACGCAAGACCUGGAUCCGCACAUCUUAGACGUAUUCCACCAGUUCGUAGCGCUCACCGCGUAACGUCCUCGCACUCAACUCUAAAGUUAUACUAAUUUAGGCUCAAGUCAUCGGUCCAAUGAAAAUCGAGCUUAAUUCGCUACGCUACGUGAAAAGCAGGAGAAUUGUUAUACUCCACACCAAACAAAUCUUCGGCAAUGUACUCUACGCACGUUUUGCUCCGACACCGAAGCAUCCUCGGGAGAUGUUGACUUUACAAUGUAUAAUUGAUAAGAGAGUCACAAGAUCUGUUCGGUAUGGGGUAUAAAGAUUAAGUUUUUAAUUACAUCGUACAGAUUCUCCUGUUUUACGCGGAGUAUAGCAAAUUAAGCUCGACUUUUAUUGUAUAUCAUGGAAUUCCGCAAAGUAACGCCUGCCUCUACCCAAUAUCAGUCAUCAGUUUAGAUGUAGUCCCAUACUCCCGUUAACGGGGACGCUGGGAUUUAAAUGUUAUUAUUUAAAAAUAAUACCAUCACCCCCGUUAACAAUCAUCGUUACUCUUCCAGAGUGGGAUUUGAAUAAAAUUUGCCGAUAGAAGUGAAACUGAAUAACAUGUGAAUACACGUCGAGCUAUUAGAUUAACGUUUCCUAAUUAUUUUUGGUUUAUCAUCAUCUCAACCCAUUACCGGCUCACAAUGAGAAUAGGUUUAUGCUUUAGUCCACCACGCCGGCCUAGUGUGGAUUGGUGGACUAAGAACGAAGAAAGAACCAAAAAUAAGUUUAAAGUUAUAAAGUAAUCAAGGAUUAAAUUUGUCUUUAACACUUCUUUACAAACCAAAAAUAAUCAAAAAAAUACCGAGCAAAAAGGAUGACAGACAGACUGGCGCCGUAACGUGUUACGUAGCAAAGCGGUACUCUCCUAAUAGUUGUUAUCACUUAAAAUAGUUCCAAUAUUCCCGUUAUCUAUCUUCUGUAACGGGGACAGUGGAUUUAAAGAAAAGUAUUAAAACAGUUCCAAUGUGCCCGUUAUCUAUUCUUUUAAGGGGUACCAUUACUCUUAUAGAAACAUUUUAUUAUGAGUAUACUGCGCCUUUAUGACGAACUCAGAACAUCCUUGUAAUAUAAUGAUUCAAAAUUAAUUUAUUUCAAGUAGACCUAAUAUAAGCACUUUUGAAACGUCAAGUCUGUCUGUUUGUAAGUGACUCUACCACCGGUUCGGAAGGAAGAUUCCACUGAGAAAGAGCAAAAAACUCAGCAGAUUGCUACUGUCCAACAUCAUUUUAAAGUUUAACAAUCUUUAAACUAUAAAAAGAUCCCUUGGGAAUCGUUAGUUUUCUCGAAAUAUAAAGCCAAUGCGCUAUUCCAAACUAUAAUCUAUCUCUGUAUCAAUUGUCAGCCACACUUGCCCAGCCCUUUUUGUGUGACUGAGUUACAAACAUCCAUCCAAACUUUCGCAUUUAUAAUAGAAGUAAAUAUAAUUGAUCUUUACCUAUAUAUACUGGAAUUGCACCAAUUCGUAGCUUGGAUAAGUCUAACUCUACUGAGUUAAUAAAUUAAUUAACAUCAGGUAAUCGCACGUGCCUCACUCUCUAUAUAUUUAUUAAUAAAAAUGUAUAGAAUGUAUUAAAACGUGGCUUUGCGACUACUAUUUUACUAAAAGCGUUCUAUUAGAAAUAUAUACAUGUACAACAUUUAGCGAACAUAUAUAACGAUUUGUCAUAUCUGGCGAUGCUUUCAAAGUCAUCCAACUUAAAUAUUGAUUGUAAAGUUUAUAUAUGCAAAUCCUUAUAAAAACUCGUAGGGAGCUAAUGUUUAAGAUUUGUCAUGGGGUGAGCUGGUAAAAGGGAUGACUAAUGAAAACUUCAAAGGAAAGGGAGUCCUGUGUGUUUGUGUAGGCAAAAAGCAAGAUGGAAGAGUGAAUCAGAAGAGUGAAAUCCGGUACGAGAUAAAUAUUUUUUGUGAUGGUCAGUACUUUCGUGCAAAUAUGAAGUGCCAACGACCAAAACAAGCCAAGUUAGCCUGUAGAUCGUAGCUCAAUGUGAUGGCAACGUUUACAUAUACCUAGCACAGAAUUAAGAAUAUACAGAAACAGUGUAUGCUUCGCAACUAACAUUUAAGCGUCAAAAACCACUCCACUUAAGUGUUUCUCGAACUGGUAGUUAGUUACUUCACUCCAUUUAGCAGUUGACAUUAAAUAGGGAAAAUGGGAAAAGUUUGUGACCGCAUCGCGUAAUGUUGCUAUUACGCGAGUGUUAAUGGAGACGUGCGCGCGGUUUUUUUUUUUCUACUGUUUUUGGACACAAAGCACUGCAUCUAAUAAUGGCAGAAUGAGGGUUCUGUAUACUCUUUAUUCUGUGAUACCUUUGUAAACAAUCACACCUCUGACUAUUUAUAGACAUAAGUAAAGUGUUAUUUAAGAUGACCCUAAAUGAAUCUUGGCCUUAUUUAAAUAGGUUUAAGAAGAUAAAAUAAAAAUUUAAUUAUUUUAA